UUCAGCUCAGCCACAAACGAGUCACUGAAUCUGUUGCGCUCGGCCACUCUUUCCAAAGGGUAGAAAAAAAAACACAUUGAGAAUUCGCUUUUUUGUUACUAUGAGGGAAUCCUGUGAUCUUUAAAAGGACUACAAGAAAUUAAAGUACUGUUGGCACCAAGUCUCAAACAUCGUUUUGCUUGUGAUGCCCGCUGGGAUGUUUAGUAUCGACAGCAUCUUGGCAGGGAGACCCAGCUGCAAGGACUCGGUUCUGCUACAUCGGAAUGCUCCGGUUGUGUUCUCCAACUUGACGGAAUCCUUGUACACAGCAGCUGGCGAUUUUAACGGACUGUAUUCACACACCGGACCUCCAGCUCCUAACUUACAGCCGGUGAAUGGAACCAGGAUAGGCUACAACAACUACUACUAUGGACAACUUCAUGUCCAGGGGCCGACUGGACCAGCUUGCUGUGGCGCAAUACCAACUCUCGGCUCGCAACAGUACCCGUGUAUUCCUACAGGCUACGACAGCACCGGUUCAGUACUUAUUUCUCCAGUCCCACAUCAGAUGAUGUCCUACAUGAACGUGGGCACCUUGUCCAGGACCGAACUACAGCUACUCAACCAGUUACACUGUCGGCGCAAGAGACGACACCGAACCAUUUUCACCGACGAGCAACUGGAGGCACUGGAGAACCUUUUUCAAGAAACCAAAUACCCCGAUGUUGGCACACGAGAGCAACUGGCACGAAAGGUGCACCUACGCGAAGAGAAAGUAGAGGUAUGGUUCAAAAACAGACGAGCAAAAUGGAGAAGACAGAAAAGGUCGUCGUCAGAGGAAUCAGAAAACUCACAGAAAUGGAACAAAUCCACGAAAACAACCACAGAGAAAAUCGAGGAGGGAAAAAGUGACGUGGAUUCUGACAGCUGAUAGAUAGAAUAUGAGAUGGGAAAAUCUUGCACAAAUAUGAUUCGGACUUUAUGUACAUAUUGUAAAGUACCAUGUGAGUAGGAGUGAAAAUGUGUUGUCAUGUUGUUGCACAGAUGUAUAGUAAAUGUUACCUUUAACAAUUAUAUUGUUAUUUAUAUUAAUUUAAAUUUACACAGACAAAAUAACGGGGAUUCUGGCCAUAGUAAUAUUACCUGAUAUAUACUGAAUAUUUUUUUUUUUUUAAGUCUUGCCCAAAUAAGAUAUACCUAAAUAAGAUGUUCUGGAAUGAUCUGUAACUGAAGAAAUGUACGAUGGCAGGACGAUACAUUUGGACAUUGAUUAAAUCAACGUUUAAUGUCGCUUGGAAAAAAAGAAGAAGAAAAAAAAGAACAU